AUGUUGACCUUCCUGAGGGAUCACAUAGAGAAGGAUUCAUGGCUGUCAGCAAAGAAAAUUAAAGAACUUGGGCCCCAUGUUUUCUUAUUGGUGAUUCCACUGGGCAAAUUUCCUGAGGAGGACAGCAAUGAAGUUAACUGGAUUCAAAGCAACUUUGGAGAAGAGGCUCUGAAGUUCACCAUCGUUUUGUUCACUGGAGGAGAUGUGAUGGAUCAAAAUCUUAAAGAGGAAUUUCUGAAUGAGAAUUGUGGACUUCAGACUAUUCUUGAUUGUGUGGAAGGAAAAUAUCAUGUCUUAAACAACAACUUUCCAACAGACCAUCAAGUAAAGGGGCUCAUCAAGAAGAUUGACCAUACACUGAUGAAGAAUGCAGGUUAUGCCUACAACAAUGAAGUGAAGAUAAAGAUGAAGACAACUGUGAGACAGGAAGAGGAGAGGAAGACAGGAAAACAGAAUCGAGAGCUGAGGAAAAUGAGAAGAAAUAAGGCACAUAUUCCAGGUAUUCCGUGGAUGUUGUUGAUUGUGCUUGGUGUCAUGAUGUCACUUCAGACUGUCAGAUUCCACCACUUUGGCCACAUAACUAAAGAUGCUGUCCACCUUCCUGAGGUGAGAGUAAUGUUGUUGGGGAAGACUGGAGCAGGAAAGAGUGCAUCAGGAAACAUCAUCCUCGGCAGAGAGGUGUUUAAGUCUGAAGCGUCUGAUUUCCCUGUAACUACGUAAAUACUGUGAGAGUCAACAUGGAGUUGUGGAUGGAAGAAACAUCACUGUUAUUGACACACCAGGAAUCACAUCAGAGAAGGGUUCAUGGCUGUCAGAAAAGGCAAAUACAAGUCUAGGACCCCACAUUUUCUUAUUGGUGAUUCACCUGGACAGAUUCACAGAGGAGAAUGACACCACAUUGAAGUGGAUCCAGACUAACUUUGGAGAGCAGGCUCUAAAGUUCACCAUUGUUUUGUUCACUGGAGGAGACCUGGUGGACAAAAAACAUGUAGAGAGAUUUUUUGAAAGAGAGCCCUGGACUUCAGACUCUGGUUGAUGGCACUGGUGGAGGAUAUCACAUCUUCAAAAAUAUAAAUCUAGAGAGGAAGAAACAGAUGAAGGGGCUGCUAAGAUAGAGGCCAUACUGGGAACGAAUACAGGCUACUCCUAUUCCUAUGGUCUGCAUGAAAUGGUGAAAACAACUAUGGACCCUUUCAACAAUCAAAACAAAAACAAUGCUUGAACGUUCUAUUUGGGCCCCAAUCUACUUCCUCUGCAUUAAGAUAACAUAUGGAAUGUUAAAAAGGAAGCCUUGUGGGGCCAACUAUGAUGCUGAUAAUGGAACUCUCUUGAAAGGGUCUAUAAGGGAGGAAGAAGACAGGAAGAGACUGGAAAUGGAAAGAUACUUUCGAGAGGCUGAAAAGGAACAACAAAGGAUGGAGCAGAAGAUUAAGGAACAGAUUAAAAGCAAAAUGACUGGCAGGAUUGCAGAUGCAACAGCUAUUUCUAAUGAAUUAAGGGAGAACAUCAAGGCAACAAAAGACCAGAAUUGGAGGGAUCAGGCUUUACUGAUUGGGCUUGUUAGUGGAGGUAUAUCACAUGCUAUUUUCUUGAAGACAAUACAGGAUAGACAGUGUGAGUAUAAUCUAAAGUGGUUGUUUGUGUGUGUGUUCUCUGUGAGUGGAAUUAUGCAGAAUUAUCUUACUUUCCUGGUUGGGUUUAUUAGUGGUGCAACUAUAUACAUUGGAUUUCCCUUUUUGUUCACUUGGUUUUAUUAUGAUUAAACUAAGGCUUGACUAGUUGGACACAGUAAAGCAGCAGACACAGCGGUCACACCCCUUUCAAUCUCGCUCGGCUUCGCCGGAAUAUUGAAGCACUAUUUUGGAAUAUUGAAGCACUAUUUUGGAAUAUUGAAGCACUAUAAUUGACUAAUGAGCCUUGGGGGUAUUUAAAGACUACCUGCCCUGCCUCAUGUGAGGUGUUGUGUCGAAAUUUGCUAAGCCUGUGAAUUGUGAGUUUGGAUUCCCUAUGAUUGACCGUGCCUGGAUUUCUGUCUAUCUUGCCUACGUGUGUGCCUGACCUAAGUACAAGUAUAGUAUAUACUCUUUUGAUCCCGUGAGGGAAAUUUGGUCUCAAAUUUAUCCCAAUCCGUGAAUUAGUGAAACACACUCAGCACACAGUGAAUACACAGUGAGGUGAAGCACACACUAAUCCCGACGCAGUGAGCUCCCCAGCAGCGCUCGGGGAGCAGUGAGGGGUUAGGUGCCUUGCUUAAGGGCACUUCAGCCGUUCUUACUGGUCAGGGUUCGAAACACGCAACCCUCCAUAUCAGCACUAAGAAUGUCCAAAAACAAAGCUUUUUAUCCAGUGAUGUUCCAGUGAAGCUUUUACACAAUGCUCCACAAAGCUUUGAUACAAUGCUCCACAACUCCAUCUGGUGGUCAAGAAAAAGUCCUGCAUCAACUAUGUCAUCCAGGUGUUUUGUAUAUUGCCAUGUCAUUUCCAGAUGCAUUUGUGUAUCGUCUUCAUUUGUAUUUACAUUGAACUUUUAAGUUUUCUUCAUCUUGUAAAUAAAAUAAUUUAAGCAUGGUAAUAAAAUGCAUUAGAGUUGGCUAUUCUUAA